AUGUCGAAUCUCCUUGUUAAAUCUAUUCCUGUUGUUACAGCUGUCGUAGGAAUAGCUACUGGCUAUGCGUUUUUCCAGCCCAUGAUUAUUGAGCAAUUACGAAAAGAUGGCGCCUUAAAGCCACAGAUUGAGCAGGAGAUCCAAAGAUACGAAAGCGCAGCCAUCAAUAAUCUGGAUGCGAAUAACAAUAAUAAUAAUAAUAACGAAGUCUCUAAAGAGCAGUAA